UCCCCACCCGUUUCUGUGUUUGGAACCAAAUCAAGUGGGGGGGGAAAAACAACAAGGACGACCAGCUGCCUUUUUUUUUUUACGCAAGACUAUUUGGAACUAUUUCCAACGAGGAUUUCUUUCUGUUGAGGAUUAUUUAUUUUUUUCUAUUUUGUUUGUAUGGGAAAAGUGACAGUUCUGACAUAAACGGGGGGGGACAUCAAACUUUCUCCAUGAUUGUUUGAGUUGGGCUGCAGCAACCUGUGGAGCUUUCAGCGCUUGUUUCGAAGCGGCUGUCAACACAAUGGGACACCUGCGCCUACCCUUGCUUGUCACUCUCUCCCUUUUCACCUGCCAGGUGUUGUGCUCGGGGGUGUUUGAGCUGAAGCUGCAGGAGUUUCUCAACAAGAAAGGAGUGACGGGGAACGGCAACUGUUGCCCGGGCGGCUCUGCCCACCAGCCGGGCCACCAGCAGUGCGAGUGCAAGACUUUCUUCCGGAUCUGUCUGAAGCACUACCAGGCCAACGUGUCCCCCGAGCCGCCCUGCACCUACGGCGGCGCGGUGACCCCCGUGCUCGGCUCCAACUCCUUCCAGGUGCCGGAGACCAACGCGGACACCUUCACCAACCCGGUGCGCUUCAAUUUCGGCUUCACGUGGCCGGGGACAUUUUCACUGAUCAUUGAAGCUCUGCACACAGACUCCCUGGACGACCUGGCAACAGACAACCCGGAGCGUCUCAUCGGCCGCAUCACCACUCAGCGUCACCUGACCGUGGCAGAGGAAUGGUCCAAAGACAUGCAGACAGCCGGCAGUACGGAGCUCCGUUACUCGUACCGCUUCCUGUGCGACGAGCACUACUACGGCGAAGGUUGCUCCGUGUUCUGUCGGCCCAGAGACGACGCUUUCGGACACUUCACCUGCGGAGAGCGCGGCGAGAUCAUUUGCAACUCCGGCUGGAAGGGACAGUACUGCACGGAGCCAAUCUGUCUUCCUGGCUGUGAUGAAGAUCAUGGCUUCUGUGAGAAACCCGGAGAGUGCAAGUGUCGUGUGGGAUUUAGUGGACGUUACUGCGAUGACUGUAUCCGUUACCCGGGCUGCCUCCAUGGUACCUGCCAACAACCCUGGCAGUGUAACUGCCAGGAGGGAUGGGGCGGCCUCUUCUGCAAUCAGGAUCUCAACUACUGCACACACCACAAGCCUUGCCUCAAUGGUGCCACCUGUACCAACACUGGCCAGGGCAGCUAUACUUGCUCCUGUCCGCCUGGCUAUACAGGCGCCAGCUGUGAGAUCAAGGUUAAUGAAUGUUCCGGAAACCCCUGUCGCAAUGGUGGCAGCUGCUCUGACUAUGAUAAUGGUUAUAAGUGUACCUGCCCACCUGGUUUUUAUGGCAACAACUGUGAGCUGAGUGCCACUAGCUGCGCAGAUGGGCCUUGCUUCAAUGACGGCCGCUGUGUCGACAACCCCGAGGGGGGCUACUUCUGCCAGUGCCCCAUGGGAUAUGCUGGAUUCAACUGUGAGAAGAAAAUCGACCACUGCUCGUCCAACCCUUGUUUGAAUGGUGCAGAAUGUGUGGAUCUGGUGAAUUCAUACCUCUGUCAGUGUCCUGAAGGGUUUUCUGGUUCCAACUGUGAGGACAGCAGUAGCAGUAGCCUCACUGGACACUGUCUGACUUUUCCUUGUCAGAAUGGCGGGACAUGCCAGGAGGCAGCAAAUAGCUACACUUGCACUUGCCCCCCAGGGUAUAUCGGCAAAAACUGCAGCUCUCCCAUCUCCCGCUGUGCUCACAAUCCCUGUCACAACGGCGCCACUUGCCAUGAGCGCGGCAGCCGCUAUGUGUGCGCCUGUGUGCCGGGCUACGGUGGACACAACUGUCAGUUCCUUUUACCAGAAGUCCCUAACGGUCAGCCAGUGGUGGAUGGACCAGAUAGACGAUAUUCCUCCCUGGAAAGCGAAAUUAUUGACGAUGCCGAUGAUGAUGACAGCGGCUUUCCCUGGACAGCUGUGUGCGCUGGCGUCUUCCUUGUUCUGGUGAUUCUCAUUGGUUGCUCCGUGUUGGUGGUCUACGUUCGUGUUAAACUGCAAGAGACACACAGUCAUCACGGCGACAGCGUCCGCAGUGACAGCCACGAGACAAUGAACAACUUGACGACCACCAACAAUUGCCUCAGAAGCGACAAAGAGCUGGGCGCCGUGAUGACGACUUCCAUCAAAAACACCAACAAAAAGGUGGAUUACCAUUCAGAGCUAACCGGGUCGCUUGGUGGUCUAAGUGGGAUCAGUGGGCUUAAUGGACUGGGCGGAUCAGAGAAGCAUGGCUUUAAGUCUCGCUACUCCAGCGUGGAGUACAACCUAGUCCAUGAACUGAAGCCUGAGGAGGUGUUGCUGUUUAAACAGGAAGAGCAUGACGGGCAAGAGGUUAAAUACGAGAUGACAGAUGAGUCUGACACUGAGGAAAGAUGCAGGAAACGACAAAACAGUGAGGCCUCAGAUGAGAAACAAGCAGAAGAGUUACCGAGCUGCAGUGAACACAAGUAUCAAUCAUCCUACGAUCUGAAUCAACACGCUGCCAGUGAUCUUAAAUACGAAUCAAGCUGUGACAUCAAAUACCAGUCAAGCUGUGACGUGGAAUACCAUGGCGGUGCCUGUGCUGACAGCAAGUACCAGUCUGUGUACGUCAUGUCAGACCAGAAAGACGAGUGUUUAAUUGCCACAGAGGUAUGAUACACAUCUGGACCAGUUUUCCAGUGGUCCUCGCUAGCCCUGAGCAGUACAGCUCAGCAUGUCUCCGGGAGGUUUUACUCCUGCGGUUUGCUGCUGUUUCCUGGAAUUUACCGAAGGAUUUUAGAGCCAAGGUGCUGCUCGGACAGUGCGAGUCAGUGACUAAUGGACAUUGCUGACCUCAAACGAGGAUCUCACUGUCAAAGCACCUGAAGACGUUGUGCAGGCAUUGUACAAACCGGAAUCAAUGCUGGACUAGGUGCCCCUGCAGUCUUCGCAAGAGCUCCAAACUUAAAUAUUGGCAUCGAGAUGGAUUUCAUUCUUUGUCUCCUGAUUUAAAGGGCGCGUUGACAUGGACGUUGACACAUGAAAUUGUAGUACCUUGGAGUACUGAUUGAAUGAACAUAGUAGUACCAUUGGAGUACUGAGAACUUAAGUGUUGUAGUGCUGUAAUGUGCUAUGGUUAUUAAAUUACAAAGCUGUCAUAAAUGACUUGUAUGUACUGUACAGUGCUGCAGAGGAGAGUUUGUAGUCAUGGUAAAUGUGUUCCGAUUACACAUCUUUAUCUUUGCAGCAUCGACAGACGAUGUCAGCUGAGCUGGUUCUCAGCAGAACUGAAAACUCCAGUAGUGACUGCAAAUUGAUCCAACAUGGAUCCUGUUGGGCCAUACUGGCCCCCGAACGUGUGGAUAGACAGCGCAAUGUUUUUGGUGACUUGGGAAACAUUCAUUAUGACAGAAUUUAUGAGCAAAAAGUAGCUGAGAGUAAUACCAGUACAUCAAUCACCAUUUUCAAGUUGUUUGUCCCAACCUCUAAAUGCUAUUGUGUGUCUAAGUCGAGCUAUGAAGGAGCCCUCCGAACUGCCAAGACCUCAUUGCACUAUGGAGGUGUGUAUGUGUGUGUGUACGUGUGUAUAUGAGUGUGUGUGAGCACAGACGAAGUGUGCUGAUCUCCAUGUCUUCCACUCAUCAUCAUUUUACCGCCAUCACCCUCCCCUGCCCAUCACUGGUUAGCAUCAUACGGUUCUUGUUUUUUAAUGUUAUCUUUUAUUCUUGAAACAAAGAUGGUCUUUUAAUUUAAUAAUGCUAUUUGUGUUCCAAUUUUGGUGUGAUAUUUUGUGUUAUAAUUUAAGUUUUGGAUUUGUUUUUUUAUUUUUAUUUGACAGAUAAUGUAUGUAUGUAUGUAUGUAUGUAUGUAUGUAUGUAUGUAUACAUGGAUGUAUGUAUGUAUGUGUUAGGCACUUGAGACCACUGUGACUGUGUUGUAUUUAAGAGAGAAGUCGUAUGUACAGAGCCUGUCAUUUUUAUUACUGGAAA